UUGGAUAUUAUGAUACCCUCACAGGGGAUGUAAAAACCCGUUAUGAUCAGAAGAUCGGUAAUAUCGGUAUUAUAAACAAUAUUGGCCCAUAUAAACUUCGGCCAAGUGAUUGUACUACCCUAAGCUUAUUAGAGUUGCCAAACGUAACAAAUGUGGAUUUGGUAUGUUACCUAAUAAAUACACAUAUUUUUUAUACCCCAGAGCAGCUGAAAGCUAUGACGAGUCUACAGGCUUAUAAAUUUGCUGAAUCUGGCGCCGUUCUAAGCAUUUUGGCAAAGAAAGUAAAGGAUGAGACCUAUGUUGUCAUUGGCAAGGUAAGAAAUGUUAUAAAUCUGAUUAAAAGGCACUUCUCAAUAAAUUUUUAAGUUUCUAUUCAUUUUAAAUAUAUUUUUUUUUUGUUUUAGGUCAGACAUUCGCAGAGCUUUAGGGAAAAGCCCCUGGACACGUGGAUUAUUUUGUUAGAAAAUGCUAUUUCAAGUGCCCAUUGUUCUUGUAUGGCUGGGUUGGGUGAAACAUGCAGUCACGUAGCAACAAUUUUGUUUUACCUUCAUCUUAGACCAAACACGAAGGAUGAAUCAAAAAUUGCAUGUACAGAACGUCUGGCUUCUUGGCCUAUUCCACCAGUGAGAAAUGUGUCUAUGGUGACAGUGAGUAACAUGGUGUGGACUCAGAAACAAAAAGCAGGUUCUUUGGCAGUGGCAGGACCUUCGACAUCAGCAAGACCUUCAAAGCAAGAGCAUUUUUCCAUGACCAAAAGGCAAACUGAAACUUUAUUAAGAAAAUUGAUAAAAGGUGGAGGUUCUCCAGCAAUUUGCCGUCUAAUGGAACCUUUUGCUUCAGAAAUGGAACAAAGAGACUGCGCUAAAAAUCCUAAUGAUUUGCCCGAGACUUAUGAAUCGUGGUAUGAUGAAGAUAUGAGAAACAAAAGAUACGAAGAGAUUUUAAGCAUUUCCAAGAACAAGGUUAUGAACAUUACAGGAAAACAAAUUGAAAAUGUUGAAGUGUAUACCAGAGAUCAAUCUCAAAAUAAUGUAUGGUUUAAAUUUAGAGCUGGACGAAUCACCGCUUCAAAAUUCAAAUCAGUUUACAGAACUUCUAUAGAAAACCCUUCACUUACGGUCAUAAAGGGAGUUUGUUAUCCUCAAAAAGUCAUAUUUUAUUCGAGGCAAACUUCCUAUGGCUUGAAGCAUGAAAAAAUAACGCUUGAAGAUUAUGAAAGUGCCAUGAAGCAGCUGCAUCAGAAUCUAAGUAUUAGAUCAACAGGAUUUUUUAUUUCCAAAAGUGAUCCCGAGUUUGGUGCUUCACCUGAUGCAUUAGUGCUUUGUGACUGUUGUGGACAAGGUUGUGUAGAAGUGAAAUGUCCUUAUUUAUUAAAAUCAGACUUAACUUUUGAACAAUUUGCAGUGCUAAAAAAUACAUGUCUUAUCUUGAACAAUCAAAAUAUUACCUUAGACAAAAAACAUGCAUAUUAUUACCAGUGCCAGUUACAAAUGUUUGUAACAAAAAGUAAAUAUUUCGACUUCAUUGUGUGGUCAAAAGACAAUAUUUUCAUUGAAAGAAUCUUUUAAAACAAUUCAUUUUGUUUAGAAAAUGUACAAAAAGCUUUAAAUUUUCAUAACUUAAUUAUCAAACCUGAGUUACUUGCAAGAUUUUUUACAGAACAAGGGGGAUCUGCAAGAGUGGCACUUGCGUGUAUUUGCGAAAAGCCUGAUGAUGGACGAGCUAUGUUACGAUGUGACAAUGAUAAUUGUACUAUUCAGUGGUAUCACUUUGAAUGUGUGAACUUGACUCACGUUCCAGUAGAACACUGGUUUUGUCCAAAUUGUGAUUUUGCAUUGUGUUCAACUGCCAAUUCUGAUACUGACUAGUCUCAAAAACAUUGUAUGUGGGGUACCACAAGGUUCAGUAUUGGGUCCUCUGCUUUUCCUUAUCUUUAUAAAUGACAUCACCAAUGAAAAAAUUUUUCUUUUUGCUGAUAAUACCAGUAUCACUUGAAGCAACCCAAAUAUUGCAACUCUUCAUGCAACUUAACUUCUGAACUACUUACAAAAAAACCUGGUCUGACUCUAAUUUACUCUCUUUUCACGUUGAUAAGACAGUAGCAUUAUCCUAUAAAGGAGCUCUUCAGCCCUUGCUUUUAAUAACAGCUAGAUCAGUACCUUGGUUCUGUACAAUUUCUUGGUAUAUUUUUAGACAGCAUCGUUAAAUGGUCCCUAAAGGAAUUAAAAAGAUCAAGGAAUUUUAACACUUCCUUCUUUAUAUAUUUUAUAAACUGUUUGCUUAAUUCUUAAACACCUACAUGUCUUUCGAUACAUGCAUAAUUGAUGUUCUUAUACUGGAAGGUGUCUUCUUUACUGCAUAUGUAUGUAUAUACAUAUUAUAUAAAGCCACAUUUACACGGUCAAUAUUAUUGAAGCAAUAUCGAUAUUGGUCAAUAUAUUGAACGUGUAAGGACUAUAUUGAAACAAUAAUAUCAUGGAAAAAUAUUGCCUUAAUAAUAUUGACCAUAUAAAGGUGGCUUAACACUUCCUUCUUUAUAUAUUUUUAUUUUAUAAACUGUUUGCUUAAUUCGUAAACACCUAAAUGUCUUUCCGUACAUGCAUAAUCGAUGUUCCUCUUAUCCUGGAAGGUGUCGAGGUGUCUUCUUUACGGUAUAUGUGUAUAUAUAUAUAUAUAUAU